AUGAGUGAGAUUUGGAGCCAAUUAAAGUGCCUAAUUACCAAUCAAGAUCUCAAUACUGUUAAACAUUUCCCACAACACACUACUACUCAACAAGUCGAUUGCUUGUCAAUUUUAAAUUAUUCAUUUAUUCCAACUUCAUUACUAGAUUACUGGAAUCGGAAAACUUACCUGGAAAAGAAGUUCCUACUUUUACAGAUUUCAUUGAUACUAUCAGUUUCUUUAUAUAUUAUUACCCCUUCAUUACCAUUUUACAAACAGAAGCCAAUGUUUUCCAAACGUCCCGAUAAGCAUACAACUGGUCUUAUCAAUUUACGAAAUGACUGUUUUGCCAAUUCCUCAUUGCAGGCAUAUUCGUCUGUUCCUUCUUUGACAGAUUAUUUAAACAAGUUUAUUACUAGUUACCGUCAAUUGGUUGAAUUUGUUAAACUGAACAACAUCGACAUUCAAGAAUUAAUCAACUUGCGUUUGGAAUUGAAUAAAAACUUGCAAAAUUCAAAGUUCAAACACUCAAAUUCUACAUUUGAAGUCCCCUUGCAUAUUGCCAUGGCAUCAAUGGUGAAAAAACUUCAAGAAACAGAAAUGACAACCAGAACUAUAAGUGUCUGGACUUUUCUUCAUGAAUUAGAAAAGAUUUUCAAUGCCAAAAUGUCUAGAUCUCAACAUGAUGCUCAUGAAUUAACUCAAUUAAUCAACGAAACUUUAGAAAAUGAAAACUUAAAGUUUAAAAGUUUUGUUAGAUUUAUUACUUUGAACUUGCAUACUAUUUUGAAAAGAAUCCCUGAUGCUCAAGAUUAUUCUCGAUUGGAUAAAAUUGUUGUCCCCGAGUUCCCAUUUGACGGUUUAAUUUUGAGUCAAAUGACUUGUUUAACUUGUCAUGGAGUUUCUCAACCAAAUUUUACACCAUUUGUUAUACUUACAUUACCGGUCCCUUUGACUAACACCACUAAUUUGGAAACCUUAUUGGAACAAAAUGAAAGUGAACAAAUUGAAGGUUACCAAUGUAUCAAAUGUCGAGUUAGUAAGAUUGCAUUAAACGAGGAACAUUUGAAGCGUCAAAUUCCACUGGAAGAUGUUGAAUAUAUUAAUAAGAUUAUUGAAUUGAACAAUAACCCGAAUUUAUGCAUUAAUGAAGACUUACCUGAAGACUUGGAGAGUUUUAUCAAGAAUUAUAAUGUUGAAGGGAUUGAUGCUUCAAGGAUUACUUCAACGGUUCAGAAAAAGUCCCAAAUUUUGAAACCUCCAAAAAUAUUUGGAUUGCAUCUUUCACGUUCAUCUUUCGAUGGUCAAGUAGUGACUAGAAAUUCAUGUCGAGUCAAGUUUUCAGAUAAAAUGACAUUAUCGAUAGGUAAAGAAUUCCAUGAUAAAUUAAAGCAAUUUCAAACUAUGGUACAAAAAGAAGACGAAAAGUUGAGAGAAAAAUAUACUUCUAAUGUUUUAACCACAGAUGAAAAUGAUAUGGAAGAUGAAGAUGUACAAAGAGAAGAUAUUGACGAAAAAGGUGAAGAAGAAGAAGAUGACGAGGACGACGAGGAAGAUGUUACAACUGAUGAUGGAACAGCUACAGAAAAUGGAACUGAUGAUUUGGAUGAUGAAACAGAUGAAGAAGAGGAAGAUGAUACUUCAUCUGUUAUGUCAAGGGAAACGGAGACUCAAUCUGUCACUACUUCUAGUACCAUCAGACCGAAUUCUGGACCAACAGGUCUGUCUCAAGAGUACUCGAUAAAUCUGGCACCAAUCUCUCACAAGCAAACUGACAAUUUGAAGGAACUUUUCAAACGAUUUAAAUUCAAUGAUAAUGAUUUGUACAAGUACCGUUUAAGAGCUGUUAUCAAACACAUGGGAUCGCAUACUCAAGGGCAUUAUGAAUGUUACAAGCAUAAACCACUUUACGUGAAAGACAAAAAUGGAAAUAUUUUUAAAUUAUCUCCAGAGAUUAAAGAUGAAGUAACAGGUGAAAUCCAUUGCGAGGCAACUCCUGUUGAACGGAAUCCUACUCAAACCAAUGGUGGUAAUGGUACAACUUCAAUGCGUUCAUCCAGUAACAGUUCAAGUGAGAACGAUGAAGGGUUCCGUCAUAAGUUUUCAACCAUGAUGGGUCGUAGACCUUCUGUAUUCCAAGCUAAUCCGACUGGAGUUGAAGAAAUAUUACUGUCUGGUUUACAAACUCCAGCUGAAAUUUUAGUGGAUGAUCCUAAUCAAAACAAUUUCGACAAUGCCUUUGCUACUCACAACUUUAAAGAUGCCUUCAACAACAAUAACGACAAAGACACUCCAGCCAAUAAAAAACAAGAAGAGGAAAAGAAGGUGAAAAUGAAAAAGAUUCCUUCAAUUAUUUCCAAGCCUUAUUGGAGAAUUAGUGAUGCUAAUGUCACUGAAGUUAGCAAGGCUUCUGUAUUAGCCGAGGAAACAACGGUUUAUAUGUUGUAUUAUGAAAGAGUUGACAGGAAGCAAAUUAAACGUCAUCACAGUUAG